UAUACUAAACUAAAGAAUAAAUUUAUUUUCAGAAUGAUGGAGACGGACUUGUCCGGAGACGAGAUAAUUGCACAUGCAGCUUCUGAAAUAGAGAAGCUGCAUGUGCAACAAACGACGAAUAUGCCGCCAACGGCGGCGGCGGUGGCAGGACCCUCGGCAUUGGCUCCGCCACCACCACCACCACCGCCGCCGACGGCGCCGACGACGUCGGCCCCACUACCUCUACCAUCGCCGCCGUCGACAUCGGCCCCACCAUCGUCGCAGUCGCCGUCGACAUCGGCCCUACCACCACCACCGCCGCCGACCUUACUAUCAACAAUACCGUUACCGCCGCCGCCACCGCCGAUGGCGACGGCGACGGCGACGGCGGCGGCGGCGGCGGCGGCAGCGGCGGCGUCAGCCCCACCGAUGUGGUGGGCCCCAUGGAUAUGGCCGUGGGGAAUUAUGUCACCGUCGACAUCGGCCCCACUAUCAUCGCCGCCGUCGACAUCGGCCCCACUACCAUCGCCGCCGUCGACAUCGGCCCCACCACCACCAUCAGCAUUGUUGCCACAGCAAUAUACAAGACCUCCUCGCUGGCAACGUGGAAAUAAAAAAUUUAAAAAAAGAGGCGGCGGGCAAAACCGCGGGAGAGGCCGUGGGAGAGGCCGUGGGAGAGGCCAAAACAUAUAUAUUACGUACCAAUAAAAAAGCACCUGUCCUGGGACAAAAACUCGCGCGCGUACAGUUGGCCGUGCCUCUUGAUAUAUUUUAAUUAACUGUAUUUUAACUUUUUUAAAUAAAUAUUAAGCAUUCACAUAAACACA